CACGCUCAUAAAACCUCAACUGCAUCUCUCUCUCUCUCUCUCUCUCUCUCUCUCUAACACUUGUUUUCUUAUUGUGUCUUGAAGCAAAAUGGGCAAUUGCUUUGCUCUCUGUAAACCCAGUAAAAGGCUUUGCAUCAGAGAUCAUGUUGCAGCAAAGAGUAGGAGAGUUAUACAAGUUGUCAAGAUGGAUGGAAAGAUUAUGGAGUUCAGCACGCCAAUCAUUGUCAAGGAUAUCCUGGUGAACUUCUCCGGCUCAGGUAUUGGUUUAUCCAAGGAAGCUUCGGAGCAUCUCCCACCUAACUAUGAAUUGAAGAUGGGAAAAGCCUACUACAUGCUUCCUUCCAUGAGCUCUGUUUGUACUCCGACAGAUAUUUCAUCCACUACAGCUGACGACGAAAAAGCCAAUAUUGGUGGUGGUGUAAAGAGGAUUAAGAUUGUUAUAACAAAACAACAGCUCCAAGAUUUAUUGACAAAGCAGAUAUCAGUUGAAGACGUUCUGUUGAGGCUCGAGAAACAAACGUGUGAUUCUGUUGAUUCCUUGAAAAAUUGGAAGCCGAAGCUUGAAUCCAUCCCCGAAGGAAGCGAGUAAAGUUUUAGAAAUAUCAUUAGAUGUAGUUCUAGCUAGCAUUUGUCUAGCUAACCUUGUUCUUCCUUCACUGAAAUAUGAACACAAAAGACAAUGGUUUUUGUCAUAAGAUACAAGGAAGUACGUACUAACAGUUGUUCCCAUCCACUUCGGGCUCAACAUGUUUUUGUUUUAUCUGUUAAAUAUUGUAUAAAAAAAUAGGGACUGGUUUGUUUU